AAAAUUAAUAAUAUUUACUAAUGGUAUCUAUCUUUACUAAAAUUAAUCAUGGGGUACCUAAUGUCCUCGAUCCUUCUAGAAGGUAGGGUCCAGUCUAUAUAAGGAGUAGUAGAUACCUUUCUACUUCUAACUUUUCAUUUUUUUUACCAUCAUACAAUAGAACAAAAAAAAACAAUUAAGUAUAUAAAAUGGGAUUAAGAAGUGCAUUAAAACUUGUCAAUGCAAGACAACAAGCUGAAGGUGUUGGAGCCCGGGUUAGACGGUCCAUUGGGACUUCUGAAAUGAGAAGUUUUAACCCUUUUUUGAUGUUAGACCACUUUAAUAUUGGAGCUGAUGCGGGAUUUCCUGAGCAUGGUCAUAGUGGUCAAGAAACAAUCACCUUAGUGUUGAAGGGAGCUGUAGCACAUGAGGAUUUUACUGGGUCCAAGGGGAUCUUAUACCCUGGAGAUUUACAAUUCAUGACUGCUGGAAAGGGUGUAGUUCAUUCUGAAAUGCCAGUAGCUAUCAAUGGUGAAAAUAAUAUCUCUGGUAUGCAAUUAUGGGUAGAUUUGCCAAAGAAAUUGAGAAAAACUGAACCAAGAUAUAGAGAUUUAAGAUCUUAUGAAAUUCCAGAAGUAGUGGAACAAGAUGGGAAAGUCAAGGUUAAGGUGAUAUCGGGAAAUUCCUAUGGGGUUGAAUCAGCACAUGAUUUAGCAUACACUCCGGUACAAUACUACUAUGUUACAUUGAAGCCAGAUGGAACAUUCAGUCAAAAGGUUCCUGAAGAUUACAACUUUUUCUUGUAUGUCCUUGAAGGAGAUGAUUUAGUUGUAAAUGAAACUGCAGUACCAGCGCAUAGUAAUCUUUUUUUCAAAAGAGAUGGUGACGAGAUCCGUGCUACAAACACUGCACAAGCAGGAGGAAAGGAUAUAGAAUUUGUCUUAAUUGGUGGUCAAGUCUUAGAUCAAGAUUCUGUUCAUUAUGGACCAUUUGUUGCUGACUCAGAAAAGGACAUUUAUGAGACUUACACAGAUUUCCAAUAUGGCAGAAAUGGAUUUGAACAAAGAAAAACUUGGGAGUCUUUAAUAUCCAAUGGUGUUACAAAGGAUAUGGUUGAAAACCAAUUGAAUGGUAAUCUUGAAAAGAGAAAAGAAGCUGAAAGAAAGUUUUUGGAACGAAAGGUUGAAAAGUAAAAUUAAGUAGGUAGGUAAACUAUUGAGUAGAUUUACAUUCUUAAUAUGAAUUUUAUGCAUUUAUCAAAAAAGAACUUGGUU